AAGAAGAGUUAGUAUUUAUUUGGGCUUUUAAACUUACGUUUCCACGACUUCUCUCUCCAACGACAGUAGAGAGAGAAGCAAUAUAUCACAGAAGUGUGAUUUUUGGCUUUUUUAAACAUACGUUCCCGCAACGACUCUCUCUCUCUAUAUAUUCAUACAUCUGCCUGCAUAUUCUUCGCAUCUAUGCAUUUUAGGAAAACCAUUUUUUCACUCAUUUCGUGUUUAAUCUCGAAUUACGACUAUACAAAUCUUUCGAUUGCGAUCUCUUUAUAGCUGAAUUUCGGUUGCCAGAGAAGUCAGAUCUGGCCGGGAAGUUAAUCUCCGUCGAGUUUUGCUGCUUCUAUAUUGUCGGGAGAAAUUUUCAUUUCAGAGAUCAUAUAGUUGAGCUACCUUUUUGUGUAGAUUCAAUAUUGUAGAAAGUGAGAACUUGGGGGGUCUCAACCAUUAAUGAAGAACGGGAUGAUAGAGUGCACUGUCUGUCAUUCCAAAUUGGUUCUUCCAUCUCCAAAAACAAUCUCCAGGGCUUAUGACCAACACAGGAGCAAGGUGUCAUCAAAGCAUCGAGCGCUCAACGUCCUUUUGGUUGUUGGUGAUUGUUUCUUAGUUGGCUUGCAGCCUAUUUUGGUUUUUAUGUCCAAGGUGGAUGGGAGUUUCAAGUUUAGCCCUAUCAGUGUCAACUUUUUGACAGAGAUUGCGAAGGUUAUCUUUGCAAUUGUUAUGCUUGUGAUCCAGGCCAGACAACAAAAAGUUGGAGAGAAGCCGCUUCUCUCGGUUUCCACAUUUGUGCAGGCCGCUCGCAACAAUGUGCUUCUUGCUGUUCCAGCACUUCUGUAUGCUAUCAAUAACUAUCUAAAGUUCAUCAUGCAGCUAUAUUUCAAUCCUGCAACUGUGAAGAUGCUGAGCAAUUUGAAGGUUUUGGUGAUCGCAGUGUUAUUGAAGAUAAUUAUGAGACGUCGAUUUUCUAUAAUUCAGUGGGAGGCUCUUGCGCUAUUGCUCAUUGGGAUUAGCAUAAAUCAAAUGCGUUCCUUGCCAGAAGGUACAACUGCUUUAGGUCUUCCAGUUGCAACGGGCGCAUACGUCUAUACAUUGAUUUUUGUGACUGUUCCUUCUCUGGCCUCAGUCUACAAUGAAUAUGCUCUCAAGAGCCAAUACGACACAAGCAUCUAUCUUCAGAACUUGUUUUUAUAUGGAUAUGGUGCUAUAUUCAACUUUUUAGGCAUUCUUGGAACUGCCGUUUUCAAAGGUCCCAGUAGCUUUGAUAUCUUGGAAGGACAUUCAAAAGCUACCAUGCUUCUUAUAUUUAACAAUGCAGCUCAAGGAAUUCUAUCCUCUUUUUUCUUCAAAUAUGCUGAUACAAUAUUGAAGAAGUAUUCGUCAACUGUUGCAACGAUAUUUACAGGCAUAGCAUCUGCUGCACUAUUUGGUCACACUCUGACCAUAAACUUUAUUUUAGGAAUUUCUGUUGUUUUCAUCUCAAUGCACCAGUUCUUUUCACCUCUUUCAAAAGUCAAGGAUGAACACCAAACUGGUGUGCUGGAGCAAUUGGAUGUUCAGAAUAAAAACAGAUCAAGAGAUUCAUCCUUCAUAGACAUGGCAGCGGGAGCAAAUGAGGAGGCUAGUCAUCGCGUAGAGAAUGAUGAAAGACGGCCACUUCUUCCUACCUAAAGUUACUUGAAUUCUUUUGGCUGGACUUAUGGGAGGAUUUAAGUAGAUAAGCCAGUUUUGAGAAUCAUCGAAUGAAAUAAAACUAAACAGGAAUUCUUUUUUCUUCUGCGGAUUCCCUUCCCUUCAUGCGCUGCGGGACUCCCUUAUUUGGUGCACAGAGCCUUCUCUCAAAUUGAUGUAUAGACCAACAAGCGACCUGCGUUUCUGCUAGUGAAAGAGUUUCAGAUAGAAAAUAGAAAUGAGAGUUUGUUCGUAAAUUUGUAAUGCCUUGUUGUAAGUUUUAAAUUGUGCGCCUUACAAUUAGAACCAGUUAAAUUUAAGUUACCUUUUUUACCCCUGAAAUAUCAUUUUUGUUAUCCAAAUAUAUAAUGAAAUUUUUUUUUUUAAGUUACCUUUUUUACCCCUGAAAUAUCAUUUUUGUUAUCCAAAUAUAUAAUGAAAAAAAUUAGAUUUUUUUUUUACAUUUGAGUAUACUUUGAUAUUGAGAUUACUGUCAAGAAAAGGGCACCUGCCACCCUUCUAUCAUUUUUCUUUUUCCAGAUUCCUAUUCAACUUUGAAUUAUGUUAAAUUGUUAUGUUCUAUUCAUUCAAUGCUAUUAAACAAUUCUUGUAUUCUAAAUGGUGAUAAAUUACAUGUUUCCUUUCUUUUUCUUUUUUCUCUC